AUGCCGAUUGCUCCUUCCUUGUUGUCAUCGUCUUCCUCUGUCUCUCAGUUUCUUCCCAAAUUCCCCAACGCCUCCAGGUUCAAUGUAGCCCCACGGAGCAGAGCCGUCACCGUCGUCGCGGCAUCCGUCACCGACCUAGCCGGCGUGGACAGCACGACCAUCGCCGUACUCGGAGGCGGCUCCGUUGCAGCACUGGCGGCGAUGGUUUCACUUACCGAUCCGGAGAGGAGGCGGAAAUUGCAGGCGGAGGAAGUUGGAGGAGGCGACAAGGAGGUCGUGAGGGAGUAUUUCAACAGCACCGGGUUCGAGAGGUGGAGGAAGAUCUACGGCGAGACCGACGAAGUGAACCGCGUGCAGAAAGAUAUACGACUCGGCCACGCCAAGACGGUGGAGAACGCGAUGCUUAUGCUGACGGAGGAAGGAUCCUUGGCCGGCGUCACGGUCUGCGACGCUGGAUGCGGAACCGGAUCUCUCUCCAUUCCACUUGCCAAGGAAGGAGCAAUCGUCUCUGCUAGCGAUAUCUCUGCAGCUAUGGUCGCCGAAGCUGAGAUGAAGGCAAAGCAGCAACUACCACCAGAGAAUUUACCAAAAUUUGAAGUGAAUGAUUUGGAGAGCCUGAGUGGGAAAUAUAACACAGUCGUAUGUCUAGACGUGCUGAUACAUUACCCUCAGAACAAAGCAGACGGGAUGAUCGCACACCUGGCUUCGUUAGCAGAGAAGAGAGUGAUUCUAAGCUUUGCACCAAAGACUAUCUACUAUGAUAUCUUAAAGAGAAUCGGAGAGCUUUUUCCAGGGCCUUCAAAGGCUACAAGGGCUUAUCUACACUCAGAGGCAGAUGUGGAAAGAGCACUGCGUAAGGUUGGCUGGAAAAUCAGCAAGAGAGGACUCACAACCACCCAGUUCUACUUUUCUAGGCUCAUCGAAGCUGUUCCCAUGUAG